AUGCGCGAUACAAUACCCCUGGGCAUCGCUGUACUGGCCAUCUUCCUCGACGCCUCAUUCUGGUAUUUAGAUGUCGUCCCCUUUUUGACUAUGAUACAACCAUACAGAUACCGGGCGCUCUGUGCCAAUCAGGCGUUGAUUACCAACGUUGGCUUUGUUGGCGCUGCCCAAUAUUCAAGUAUUCAGACGGGGAUUAUCCAACGUGCUAUUCUGACCGAAAGCAAACAAGGCGCCUCCUCAAGUAACUUAGUUAUGGCCCAUAGGCUCGGUUCGUUAACCUUCGCUGUUGAAUGUCUUGAAAUAAAACCUGCCCUUCCCCUUCUAUCUUCCCAACGGGGUUCCAAAAAUAGUAACGAAAUAUCACUUCUGUAUAUCCUACCUGAAUGUGAUAUGUACGACGUUGAUAAGACAGAGUCAAGCGAUAACAAGGAAUUCAGCGCAUAA